AUGGCUCCAAAAACCACUCUCAUUUCCAAGCUCUUCGGGAUUCAGUAUCCUCUCAUUCAAGCUCCAAUGGCUGGAAUCCAAAAAAGUGCAAUGACCAUUGCUGUUUCAGAAUCAGGUGCAUUGGGAUCAUUACCUUGUGCCAUGCUUUCAUCCGAAGAGAUCCGAAAUGAAAUUUCAACCAUUAUCAAAUCAUGUUCAAAACCAUACAAUGUCAACUUUUUCUGUCAUCAAAAUCCAACACCUGAAUAUGAAAAGGAAGAGAAGUGGAGAAGAAGGCUUGAAUCUAAAUAUUACAAUGAAUUUCAAAUUGCAGUUCAACACGAAGAAAAAUCCAUGGUUACGAAUGGUCCCAACCGUACGCCUUUUAAUGAACAAAUUGCAGACAUUUUGGAAGAAUUCAAACCACCCAUCGUCAGCUUUCAUUUUGGUCUUCCUUCACCAGAGUUAUUAAGACGAGUCAAACAUUGGAAUUCAAAAAUAAUAUCCUCCGCGACAACCCUUGAAGAAGCUCUUUGGCUAGAAUCACAAGGAGUAGACGCCAUUAUUGCACAAGGAAGUGAAGCAGGAGGUCAUCGUGGCAUGUUCAAAACUACAGAUAUUUCUUCGCAAAUGGGACUCUUUGCCUUGUUGCCUCAAAUUGUCAAACAUGUGCAUGUGCCAGUCAUAGCUGCGGGAGGAAUUGUUGAUGCAACCACAGUUGCAGCUGCCAUGAAAUUGGGAGCCUCUGGUGUUCAGGUUGGAACUACAUUCAUGUUGUGUCAUGAGGCCACAACUUCACAAGUACAUCGACAAGCACUUGAAGAUUACAAAAACAAUCCCUCAUCGGUGUAUACAGUCAUUCAAAAUGUGCUCACAGGAAAACCAGCUCGAUGUAUUAUGAAUCGAGUGAUCAGAGAAAUGGGACCCAUCUCUGAGGAGGUUCCACAAUUUCCAAGAGCCUCUCAAUACCUCACGACUCUUAGAGCGAGAGCAGAGUCGAUUGGGUUGAGUGACUUUUCACCUAUUUGGUCUGGACAAAAUGCGAGUGGAUGCAAAUCAGUCUCUAGUGCAGAAAUUGUGAAAGACCUUGUCAAGGGUUUUGAAGGCAUUCUGUAA